CGAAGAAAAGUCAAUGGUCAAUUGGUCAUGUUCCUGAUCGAAGUGAUUCUUUCUUGGGCAUCUCAAGAACCACACAUCCAACCAAAAAAGGAGAAAGAUGGAAGGGAACGAUAAUGGAGAUAGAGUGGAGAAAGUGUAUGUCGCAGUAGGAAACGGUGUGGAAGAUGGUUUCAAGACCAUUGAUUGGGCCCUCAAGAAGUGGGAUCCAAUCAAUAUUUCCAUUGUCAUCCUCCAUAUCUCCAACCUCUCCAAUGAUCUCGUUUACACCCCUUUUGGGAAGCUUCCGGCAAGCUCUGUCAGCGAGGAGAAGCUUCAAGUUCUCAGGAAAUACGAGGAAGAGAAGGUCGACAAGUUAUUAUCCAAAUACGUUGCUUUCUGCGGCAAGGUGAAAGCAGAGACACUCAAGGUUGAAAUGCAAGACGACCCGAUCCAAGUGCUCAUCUUAGAUCUCAUCUCCAAGCUUAAAAUCACCAAACUCGUGAUGGGAAUCACCUUCAUGAGAUCCUCAUCCUGGAAAGCGAAGAGUGCGAUAAGCGGAUCCUUCUACGUUUAUCGACACAAACCCGAAUUCUGCGAAUUUCACAUAAUAUGCGGAGGAAAAAUGGUGGCUUUGAGGAGAGACGACGAUGGCAACAACACGAGAAACUGGUUUGGUAAGAUGUUCCAUGACCCGACAAGAAAUCUGGACCGUUCAUCCUCCGUCGGUGAGGAUCCAAUGGACAGCGAGAAUCCAUGGGAUAAAAAUUCGAGAGAAACAGAUGAUUAUUACCACCAAUUACUAAGUUUAAAUGUAGAUGACGACACAGAUGGCAAUAACUUUGUUGAAGAGGAAGACGGUGACGUGGAGUUAGACGCGCUACAACGUAUGAACGCAGGAGAGAAGAUGAAAUAUGUGAAGAGAAAAGCAAAGGAAGCUCAGGAGAUGAUAGAGCAGAACAAGAGAGAGGCCAAAGCCAACGCUGAAAGAUACGCCAAAGCUGAACGGGCAAUCUCUUUGUGCAGCUGCAGAAUUCAAGAACUAGAAACCCAGGUUCAGGAGGAAAGCGAAAGGCGAGUAAAGAUCGAUGAAAUUCUCGAGACGGAGAAAGAGCUGCUCGAUGAAGUCAUCAGAGAUGUUCAAGAGGAAAAGGCGAAGCUAAGUUCACUUGGGAAGCUCCAGCGAGAGCUCUCGAGCAAGCUUAGUACUGUUACGACAGCUAAAUCAGAGGCGGAGACUCGGCUGGAGAAGGUUGUCUCGCAAAGAAACGAAACGGUAAGAGAGAUGGAGAAAUCGAGGCAUCAGAGGGAUAUAUUCAAUCGUAGGAUCGAAUUCUGCAAGGAGAGAGAGGCUAUAGGUUUAGUUUCGAGGUUGAGUUACAGGGAAUAUGCGGCAGAGGAUGUUAGGCUGGCCACCGAUGAUUUUUCUGACCGGUGGAGGCUGAAAUCCGGCGGAAACUGGAGGAGGGUGUACAGGGGAAGGAUCAACCAUACAACUAUGGCUGUCAAAAUGACCAGUGACUGCUUGUCUGAUCAGGACUUUCUAUCUAAGGUGGAGCUUUUGAAUGAGAUCAGACAUCCUCAUUUGGUAGCCAUCGCUGGUUUCUGCUCGGAGCCUAAAUGCAUACUCUUUGAGUAUAUGCAUGGUGGGAACUUGAGGGACAGCCUAUUCAUAUCACAGAAGAGGUCAUCGAGACAAAGAGGGAUACUUAGAUGGCACGACAGAAUUCGGAUAGCUCACCAGGUUUGUUCCGGUUUAGGGUUUCUCCACUCGACCAAGCCCAAACCCAUCGUCCACGGCCAUCUCACACCUUCCAAAAUCCUCCUGGACCGCAACCUCGUGCCGAAAAUAAGUGUAUUUGGACUUACCCUGCACAGUGAUCAACAAUCUGAUAAGAAACCAGAUAUCAGGGCUUUCGGGAUUUUGCUCCUGCAUCUCCUGAUAGGGAGGAACUGGCCUGGUUUGCUCAAGGCGAUGACGAUGAACCAAACAGAUGUUCUCAGAGAUUUGGAUGAGAUGGCGGGUAAGUGGCCGUUAGAGUUGGCAAAGGAGGUUGCUGCAUUGGCGAUGAUGUGUAUGUCGGUAAACAGGGGAGGGAACAUGGAUCUGGGAAUCGGAACGGUAAUGGCAGAGUUGGGGAAGAUAAGGCAAAGGGCAGAUGAGUUUCAGGUCAGAGGAAAGUACGAGGAAGCAACCAAUGGAAACAUCGACGAGGAAGAUCCAAAUGAUGUACCGAGUGUUUUCCUCUGCCCUAUAUUUCAGGAAGUAAUGAAGAACCCGCAUUUAGCAGCUGACGGGUUUUCGUACGAGCAAGAAGCAAUAGAGGAGUGGCUGAAGAUGGGGAAUUGUAGGUCGCCCAUGACGAAUCUGAGACUGGAACAUCAGUUCCUCACCCCAAACCACACCCUGCGUUCUCUCAUCCAAGACUGGCAUAGGAAACGAGCAGCAAGAGCUUCCUCCCCCUAGUUAUAUAUUUCUCCCAUUCUCAAUCUGAUUUCACUUUCUCAGAUGAUCGAAUGUAAGGCAUCGGAUUCAGCACUCGGCAACCAGUGUCAAUCCUUGAUCACCGUCAAGAAUACUCAGCACUCAGCUCGUUUACAUGUUCACUGUACACCGUUAACAAACAUGAUUAAGAAACACGCGAACAUGGAAAGAACACAUUUAGAAUGGUAAACAAAUGCUACAUACUCCGAUUCAUGAAGUGAUGAUCAAAUCUACAUAUAAAAAAAGCAUUUCUUUCAAGGAAAAGCACAAAGCUUUUUUUCAUUUCGCUCGAUUCUCCACGAACUUAAGCAAGCUAGAGCUUUUCACGAAUUGUGCCCCUAUGUAUGACCAGAAUUUUUCCGUAUCACCUUGACAUUGGUGCUGAGAUUCACAAACCGAAACACUAUCCAAAACGACAAA